CAGCCGCGCGUAGCUCAUCGGAGCGAAGAACCGAGGAAGAGAAGCGAAGAGAGCGAGCGAGCGAGACGGACAGGGCGAUAGAGAAGGAGACAGGAAAGGGAGCAGACAGAGACGGAGACGGAGACAGUGAGCGCCUGCCGCCCCCUCUUUUGUAAUAAAUAGCGCUGUGCGCGGCGACCUUGCUACCAAACGGCAAGAGUCCGCUGAGAGCGAAGCUCAAAAGAAGAAAAAACAACCACCCACACCCCCUCUUGAACAAAAGGGAGAACAACUGUAGUGAACGUGAAAAAGAACAAGUCCAAAAACAGCUGGAAAUAAAAACUAAUAAAACGCGCUGCUGGCCAAAACAAAGGGCCGAAAGAGAAAAUCGUAAAACAAAACAACAAAAAAUAUAAAUCAAAUAACUCCAGCAAGUGCCUUAAAACAAAAACACAGAAAAAUACGAGAAACCCACCAAACUCGCAACAAAUCAAACGGAACGUGAUAAAAUAUUAUUGAAACAUAAGAAACAUUGAUCAAAAGCAAUUUUUUUCCAAUUUUUUUUUAAAUGUGCUGCAAGUAAACCCCCAAUUAGAACUCACAUCGAAGACACAAAACAAAUAAAACAGCAAUAAAGGAAUAAAAACGUAAAUCUAUAAAAACAAAAUAGAAAUAAAAACAAAAAUCGAAAGAGCCACAACGUAAAAAAUAUCCAUAAAUCUAUAUAUACUACUACUACACACCUCAUAUAUAUACAAUCUAUAUGUAUAUAUAGAGAAAGAGCUCGAGAAAACAGCGAAAACCAAAGGCAGCUAGACAAAAGCAGAAAAGCAGCAGCAGCAGCAAGCCAGCAGUCAGUUAGUCCAGGAAAAGCAGAAGACGCGGCAGAAGGAGGACGAAGAGAAGAAGGAGAACACAACAACAAAGAGCAGCAGCAGCGGCGGCGGAGGAGGAGGAGGAGCAAUAACAGAGGAAAUGGCCAGCAAACAACCCAGAAAAGUGGCACCCGAUGGCGGAUGGGGCUGGGUGGCCUGCUUUGGCGUUAGUUUGGUUAACCUCGCUACCCGAUCCAUUGAGCCAUCUUUUGGCCUGCUCUUUGGUGACACACUCAAGGAUCUCAAUGUGGGCACAACGGGCGCGGCGGUGAUCAUCAGUGCGCUGGACGUCUGCAUGAACUUCUCUGGCCUGUUUGUGGGUCCCCUGCUAAAGGAGUUCUCCUACCGCAAAGUAGCCAUUGCCGGCUCCCUGCUAUGCGGUCUGGGGCUGGCCCUGACGUCGCCGGCGACCAGCAUGGCCCACAUUCUGAGCACAUAUUCGGUGAUCAAUGGCAUUGGCGUGGGCCUGUCCACCUCGGCGGCCUUCGUGGCCCUGAAUCAUUACUUCAAGCACAAGCGCGGCCAGGCGGUGGGCCUAUCGAUGGCCGGAACAGCCAUGGGAAUGCUGAUUAUGCCGCAGCUAGUGAGGAUCCUGCUGGAGGCAUACGACUUCCGCGGGGCGGUGCUGCUGCUGGCGGGUGUGGCCCUCAAUGCCACGGUUGGAUCGGUGCUGCUGCAGCCGGUGAAGUGGCACAUGAAGGAGGAGUUUGACGACGAGGAGCUGAUGUGCAUCUCGGCCCUGCCCACCCCGCAGCCCCAGCUGACGGUGGGCGGAGCAGGUGGCGGAGCAACUGCGACCGGAGCGCCCGAGUUCAAGGUGAUCAAAGAGGAUGGCAACGAGGAGGAUGCCCUGCCUGAGAUGAACACACUGCUGUUCCAUAAACAUCAUCCGCACCAGAUGCGCAAAAACUAUUCCGAAAUGGCCAUGAACACAAUGAACGGCUCUCGGUUGGGUCUGCCCAAGAGGCCGACAUUCCCCCGCAUUAUGUCCCUGGCCGGGGUGCAGUCCGCUGCCCACGGAUCAGGCGGAGAAUCGGGCGGCUAUCCGUCGCAGGCGGAGAUUAAUGCCACGCAGCUGCGCUGCCGCAAGGCCUCGGUCACCUCGAACCUCUCCUACAUGGACUUCACCGGCUCGAUCCUCCAGGUGCAUCUCAACACCGGUGACGAUGAAUUCGAGCAGAACGAUCGCGAACUGCGACGCGUGGGCACCGCCACGGGCAGCAUUGUCCUCGGCGGCCAUCGUGAUAGCUUCAUCAAAAUGAAGCCCACGGAGCUGGACAAGCAGGCGGAGGCGGCUGCCGUCAUUGAUGAGGAGGCACGAAAGAAGGCCAAGAAGCCGGGCUUCUGGCGUCGCUUUGCCGACUUGCUGGACAUUGAUAUGCUCAAGGAUAAGAUGUUCCUCAAUCUGCUAUUCGGUCUAUCCAUUUUCUAUGUGGCCGAGAUGAAUUUCAAGAUGGUCACGCCGUUCUUUUUUGCCAAUCUGGGUUACCAGAAGGCGGAUGUGGCCUUUUGUUUGUCCAUCACCGCCAUUACGGACAUUGCAGCCCGUAUAGUUUUGCCGCCGAUCUUUGAUCGCACCACGAUUAAGAAGCGCACCAUCUUCCUGGUGUCCAUUAUCUUUGUGGCUUUGACGCGAUCAAUUAUGGCCGAGCAAACAGACUGGACUCAGUUGAUGAUUUGGCUUUCCAUCUGCGGCUUCUUCCGCGGCUCCGCCUUGAGCAACUUCACCCUGACCGUGUCCGAGUACUGCUCGCUGGAGAAGCUGCCCUCGGCCUUUGGCUGGCAUCUGGUGGGCAAGGCCCUGUUUGUGAUCUCCUUUGGACCGCUCAUAGGUCUCAUCCGCGACGUGACCGACAGCUAUCCCAUCUGCAUACACACCCAGAGCGUCUGCAUAUUGCUGUGCGCCUUGGCCUGGGGCAUUGAGUACCUGGUUGAGUACAUUCAUUCGAGACGCCGCACUGCUGAUGCUGCCCAGCUGCCCACACAGGAUGCCACAGCCACGACGACGACGGCGACAACGCAGGAUGUGAAGCUGUAAGGCCAGGACAGGACACAAGAAGAUGGACUACUUACUAGACAGAGAGAUCUACUUUAAGGAGGACACAACUUUAAUUAUACCUAGAGGGACGCAAACAGCUUGUGAAACUCUAAAAACACAACCCCAACAUAUGUAUUAAAACCCAAUUUUAGUUAAAUCUUAACAGUGCUCUAUCUUUUUUUUUUUUUUUUUUUUUAAAUGUUUAGUCUUAGGUUUAGGGUCUUGGAGAGACACCACCAUCAGACAGAGACACACUCCAUAUACCACACACGUAACCAUAGAUGUGAGCCGGAUUUGUCAAGAGAUUUAGCCACAAAAUAAUGCAUUAAUCUAAGUUCACAAUUUUAUCUUAACAAAAUUCUACCUUUGCUUUGAAAUAAUAAUGUUCCCCAUGUUGGUUUUUAUAUUAGUGAACUUGUAUGUGAUAGUUCAAAGAUAGUUUAUAAUUUAGAUUUAGGCAAUUAUCGACUAUACUUGUGGAACUACUGAUGAUAUGAGGGGGAAAACUACUGUUGGAAAUCGAUUGAUCGGCUUUAAAAUGUACCUUAAGAGCGAUGUUUAAGCAACGACAAACACAGACGAGAAUAACAAGAAACAAACUAAACUAAACAUAAACAUAUAAAUAUUAUAUAUAUCAUAUUAUAUGUACUUUAUACAAGACCCCAUACAUAUAUAUAUACAUCAGGGAAAUCAAUAGAUAAUCAAUCAUUAACAUUGAUUUUUAUUUUUUCACUUGUAAUUAUUACACGUGCCCUGAUAUAUAUACUUGUGUAGCAGGGACCAGUUGUAGCUGUGUACCAAUUUUAUACAACUAUAUUGUAGGAGACGAUGUAUAGAGCUGCCCAAGUGCGUUAAUUGAACUGAAUAAAUAUAUAUAUAUUCAAAGGAUUGAGAGAGCGAUGAGCGUAUAUCGAAGGGGAUGAGCUCCUUUAGGCCUCCUUUAGGCAAACAGAGCUAGGACUUAUCCUUAGCCAAUCAUAUGCCACAACAUAUAUAUUUAUAUAUAUAUAUUUACAAUUCGAGGGUUCCAUGUCCUGAUCCUUUGGAGGAUAGCACUACAGAAGGCCUUAAACAUAGACGUCUGUGUAAAAAACAAAACUAAACUGUAAUCUGUAAGAUAAUUUAGCCUAAAACGCAACUAAACCCAACCGAUAAGCAAUAAAAGCAAACGAAAAACCAA